UAAAUCUAUAUAAACCCUAAUUCAACUCACUUAAUCGUUUACUUCUUUCCUCUAAAUCUCUUUCCAUCAGAAACUCUUCUCAUACCUCAACGAGUUCUCAAUUUCGUGUAUUCUCAAACUUCAGGUAACUUUUUCAUCGAGGUUUCUUUUAUUCCGAUUUGCAAAAAAAAUCGUUUUUGGUUAUCACGAAGGUAUGAUUUGGUUGAAUGAUUUAGGAUUAGUGAGUAGUGAUGAUUUGAUAUUGGAUAUUAUAAAGCUCAAAUUAGGGUUUAAUAUGAUUUGGGAUGUGAUCAAACUGGGUAUUGAAACGUUGAUACAGUGGCUGAUUUGGAUUUGGGGAGUUAUUGGAAUGUUGUUAAUUUUCCGAUUACUCGAAGGUUAUGAAAGUGACAAGGAUUUGAAGGGUUUAAUAUGAUUUGUGAUGUGAUCAAAUUGGGUAUUGAAAUGUUGAUACGGUGGCUGAUUUGGAUUUGGGGUGUUAUUUGAAUGUUGCUUCUUAUUAGAUUAACAUGGAUAUGAAAGUGUUAAGUUUAGGGUUUAGGGUUUGAUAUGAUCUGGGAUGAGAUCAAAUUGGGUAUUGAAAUGUUGAUACAGCUGCUGAUUUGGAUUUUGGGUUUUAUUGGAAUAUUGUUUCUUUUUAGAUUACUAUGGAUGUGAAAGUGAAAAGGCUCAAUAGAACUGAACGAGUCAUUGGGACAACAUGCGUCUAUUGGCUCCAAGGAAGAUGCAACAGAAACCCGUGUAGGUUUCUGCACAGUGAAACACCAUCAAUUCUGUCAACUGCUUCUUGUAGAGAUGAUACUGCAUCAUAUCAUAAUGCAAGGAAGCGUUUUCAUAUAUCGUCUGAGUCUGCGAAAACGGUCGUACGUAGAAAGACAGGAAAUGACAUGUUUCCUUCCAAGCAUACUACUAAGAAGGUCUUGAAUAGAAAUAUGGGAGAUGACAGAGAAAGGACACAAGUUCUUCCUCAGAAGCCUUCAACAAGUAUCUGCAAAUAUUGGAUGAAUGACAACUGUGUUCAUGGUGAUCAGUGCCGGAAUUUACAUUCAUGGUCUUAUGGCGAUGGGUUUGCCACAUUAGCAAAGCUUCAAGGACACAAGAAGCUUGUCACCGGCAUUGCACUUCCAGUUGGAUCAGACAAACUUUAUUCUGGCAGCACCGAUGGGACACUUCGGUCAUGGGACUGCCAUACCGGUCAAUGUGCCAAUGUGAUGAAUCUUGGUGCCGAAGCUACCUCUUUGAUAAGUGAAGGCCCAUGGAUUUUUGCUGGUCUUCCUAACACUGUCAAGGCAUGGAAUAUUCAGACUGCUUUACAGUUAACUCUUGAUGGACCUAAGGGACGAGUACUUGCCAUGACUGUUGGCAAUGAUACACUCUUAGCUGGAGCAGAGGAUGGUGUAAUUUCUGCACGGAGAGGCAGCUCGAAAUCCAAUUCCCCUUUUGAAUUGGUUGCAUCCCUACGUGGUCACACUAAAUCUGUGGCUUGCCUGACCAUUGGGGCUUACAGGAUGUUGUACUCAGGAUCCAAGGAUCAAAGCAUUAAGGUUUGGGACCUAGACACAUUUGAGUGUAAAAUGACACUCAAUGCACAUACAAACGAAGUCACAUCCCUUCUUUGUUGGGACAAUUUCUUGUUAUCUGGUUCAUUAGACUGCACUAUCAAGGUUUGGUAUAAAACCGAGGCGGAAAAUUUGGAAGUUGCAUAUUCACACAAAGUAGAAAACGGUGUGGUUGCACUCUCUGGGAUGACUGAUCCAAAAAAUAAGCCUAUAUUGUUCUGCUCUACUAGAGACAAUUCAGUUCGCCUUUAUGAACUGCCAUCAUUUGCUGAGAGGGGUAGAUUGUUUGCUAAGCAAGAAGUUGGAUUAGUUGAUAUAGCUCCUGGUGGACUCUUCUUCACCGGAGACAGAACUGGACUGCUGACUGUCUGGAAAUGGUUGGAAGAGCCCAAAGUUGCAGCAACCUCUUGAGUCAUGACAGUUUAUUUUCCCUUUUGCUUUCUUCCACCAACUACUUAACGCUGUUGAUGUAAAUCGUGUAAUGCUUACAGUUUAGGGCAGGAGGUCACACAAUUCAAUUUAUUUUUUCUCCAAUCAAUUCAUGAUUGCUAAUUGUAAAAGCAAGUAUGUAUAUAUUUAACAGAUUCCAAUUCCAUUUUUGCUAUCUUCUGCUGUU